AUAUAUAUAUAUAUAUAUAUAUAUAUAUAUAUAUAGCUCGAAUCGCGGACACAAAUUUUCAACUUCCGAAUCCGAAAGAUACGUGUAUAAGAUCAUCAAGCAAAGUUCAGUGCGAUUAUUGUGCGUGAUUCUUGACGUGCGUCCAUAAUUGAUUUGAGUAGAAACGCAUAUCCUUUUGCAAGAUCUCAUCGUCUGAACAAACGUAGAUUCAGAUUGUGCAUUUUUGUGGCUUUGUACAGUGUACUUGAUGCAAGAAUCUUCAAAUAUGAAGCCCUUUUCAAUUGAUGGUGAAGUGAAACCAGCUACACUUGAAAAAGUGAAAGAGGAAGGUUUACUGUUGCACUGUAACCUUUUUGAUGUAGAAAUGGUUUACAAGAUAGCGGAAGAAUUCCUUACGGGAUUUGCCUCUGCCUGUGUUGACAACACAGCGGGUGGCCUGUGGAGCAGCCCUGCCGCUGUGGCUGUUGAUAUUCGACGAGAAAUGGUGGAGUAUCUUAUCCGAAGAAGUGAAACUUUUGUGGCUGAGUCUAUUGUCCUAGAAUGUACUCCAGAUAUUGGAGUAUCUGCUAACCCUUUUGAUAUUAUCUCUGAUUUGAUUGAUGAUUUUGCCCAUUCAAAAAGAAAUUUUUUUAGCCAUGUCUCGGUGUGGCUUUCGAGUGAUAGGAGGGAAGAUAGGAUAGAGGAUUUUGUAGAGGAACUGGAAUUAAACGGGUUUUGGCUGAUAAGCCGGAGAGAGGAAGUUGCUAAAACUUUGCUUAGAAACGUCGACUUCAAGACCUCAUAUCACUGCAAUAUGAAGUUCAAGACUGAAGACGAGCUUGAACAACACAUUGCCUCGUGCAAUUUCAGGACUGUGAACUGUGUGAAUGAGGGUUGUGAUGCUGUAUAUAGUGCAGGUAACUUAGAAGAGCACGACUCAACCUGUCCUUUCAAAACACUCCCGUGUGAGCAGAAAUGUGCAGAUAUCAUAAUGAGGCGCGAUAUGGACAGGCAUUGCAUCACUGUUUGUCCAAUGAAGCUUGUGAACUGCCCCUUUUAUCCAGUUGGUUGUCUGUGUACAAUCCCACAGUGCACAGUAGGCCAACACCGCUCAGAGAAUCUCCAGUCGCACUUGAUCUCCGUUUUGAAACUUAUCCACAAGGAAGCAUCUUUAGAAGCUUUGAAGGAAAGGGCAGAACUACUGGAAAAGGCAUUGUCACCCCAACGAUUAUCUGCUGCUAAGGAUGCAAGAUCUUUAACAUUUACUAUUAAGGAUCAUAAUACAAAGCUCGGGCCUUUAGUAGGAGUGAAGAAAAAUGCAGAGUCAGACGCAGAGGAUGAGAAGUUAACAAAUGGUGAGGAUAAUAGCAUGGCUCUAUCGUCUAUGGGGAAACAACUCUACAAAAACGAGGUACCUACAAUUCUGCAAACUGAGAACAAGAAGAUAUCAGAGUCACCCUUUGAAGAAGAUAACUCCAAAGAAUCACCCAGAUAAAAAUAGAUGAAUGUUAAGCCAUUUAGCGGGUUCUACUGUAAAGAAUUUAUAGGUUUGGAAGUCAUAUAUUCCUUGAAACAAGGAACAUAGUAUAUACACUAGACAAGCACAUUGCGGAAUUUCUCAAUUCUGGCAAGAGAAGUCAGAACAUGAGAGAAGCGCAAUGUGGUUUGUCAAGAGAAAUAAUACCAAGAAAGAUGAACAUAGGAGAAGGUAUUUACUUAUUUUGUUACUUGAACUGGAAGAGAAAGAUGGAAACUAGUUUCAGACCAAUCAUUAUGCUGCAAAAGAUUCAUAGACUUACUCAAAAUUUUCAUAUGUAGUCUCCCUUUUCAGAUUGUGUUUGGACAGUGUUUCAGAUACAACCUUUUCAUUUUGCUUCUUAAUCAUCAUAGAUCCUGUGAUUACUUGCUCUACAGAUAUUUUAGUUUUCUGUUGUUGAAUGUAUGGAUAAUUACAUGAGAUCAUUUACUA